AUGCCUGUUUCUAGCUCCACAACGUCUUCGACCACCAACGGUCGCUCUAGUCGAUCGGGGGCCUCCAAGAGCAUACUGGUCCUCAAGCUAUCAUCCGACCUGCUGAGCCAGUUCGCCCCCCCUCCCCCCGAAGCCAAGGAUAAGAAAAAGAAGAGAAAUAGCACUGUAAAAAACCACGGCCCCGUUUCCGAGUCCCCAAUCAAGGAAAAGGAGUCGUCCCCGGCUUCGUCGUUCGCCGAAGCUCAGAUUCCUCCAUCUUCUGCGGACAAUGUAUCUGACGCUGCUUCUACCCCGGCACCCGGUACUUCAGCAGCCGACACUCCUCGCCGUAAAGGAAUGCCUGGUCCUAAGCCUGGAAGUAAGAGAGGUCUCAACCAGACGAGCGAGGCGUAUCCCAAGCCGAGAGGAAAACCAGGUCCGAAGAAGAAGCCUAGGCUUGAUGACGGAACGGUCGACCAUGUCAAACUAGCGGCCAGUCACAGGCUGGGUCCGAAGGCGAACACCGGUGCUAUCAAUGCCGGUCUUCGUGCUCUAGAUCGUUCGGGGGCCCCCUGCCGUAAAUGGGAGCGAAAGCCCCUCCAACUGAAGAGUUUCACCGGCGUGAAUUGGCAGCUGGCGAGCUGGCGAACUCCUCGACCUCAGCCGUCCGAAUUAAAUGGCGAGAUUAAGGAAGGUGUGCUCGAGACAGGGGACAGUGACAGCAAAGCUAAUCAAAGCGCCAGCGGAGUUCCUAGUGAGAAGAGUAAUUCGGGCGACGGAGACCUUACUCCAGUACCUCCUAAUCUCACGGAAGCGUCGUCACCUGCCAUUGCGAUGACAGCUUAA